CGGGCGCGGGGGUCUCGCGUGGCGGGCCUGACCCCCGGCCCCGGGGCGCCAUGGCAACAGCCUUCAGCAGCGACGGGGAGGCCGCGCUGCGGCGGGAGCUGGGCCCGGCGGCGGCGGCGCCGCGGGGGGACCUUGACGGCUUCUACGAGAUGGGCCGGGCCGCCGCCUUCGUGCGCGGCGGGGGGUUCCGCAAGGUUGCCCUCCAGUUCCCUGACGAGCUCCUGGCGGACGCAGCGGCGGUCGCGGCCCGGAUGGAGGCGGCGACCGGGGCCGAGAUGUACGUCCUGGGAGACACCACGUACGGCAGCUGCUGUGUGGACGAAGUGGCUGCCGAGCAUGCGGGUGCCGAGGCAGUGCUGCACUAUGGCCCGGCCUGCCUCAGCCCCUGCAGAAAGCUCCCAGUGCUGCACAUCUUUGGGCAACAGCCCCUGGACAUUGGGCGUUGCACAGAAGCCUUCCGGGAGCUCUACCCUGACCGGCAGAGCCGUGUGGUGGUACUGAGUGAUGUGAUCUAUGCCCACGCGAUGGGUGAGCUGGAGCAGCAGUUGUGCCCCGAGUACCCCAAUGUUGUUUUCUCCAGGGUGGUGUGUGAGGACUCUACCGGGCCCACACCACCUGGGGAGGUGCGUCAGUUUGGUCGCCAGUUCCCAGUGGAGGCACUGGGAGGGCUGCAGGACUGCGCCAUGUUCUACGUGGGAGCCGAGGGCCUGGCCCUCACCAGCUUCAUGCUGACCUGGAACCGCUGCCUCUUCAGCUCCUUCGAUCCUGCCACCGGCUGUGGCCGUCGCGAGACCCUCAACGUCAACCGGGCCCUGAUGCGACGCCUCUACCUGGUGGAGCGGGCCCGGGAUGCCCGGGUGGUGGGCAUCCUGGUGGGCACCCUGGGUGUGGCGGGCUACCUGACCGUGCUGCAGCACCUCCGCCAGCUUCUGCGCCGGGCCGGCAAGCGCAGCUACACGCUGGCCGUGGGGAAACCGAACCCUGCCAAGCUGGCCAACUUCCUGGAGGUGGACAUUUUUGUGCUGGUGGCCUGUGCUCAGAACACCCUGCUGGACUCCAGCGAAUUCUACCGGCCCAUCGUGACGCCCUAUGAGCUGGAGCUGGCCUGUAAUCCGGCCCGGGAGUGGACAGGGAACUACUUCGCUGACUUCAGAGACCUGCUGCCAGGUGCCUGUGCACACGUUGAUCUCCCACCGGCCGUCCCAGCAGCGGAGGCCAUUCCCGACGUCUCGCUGAUCACGGGGGAGAUGCGUGCAGCCCACCUAUGUGACCCCCCGGCCCCCCAGCUGCCCCCCAGCACUGCCCUGGCCUGCAGGGACCAGACGCGGGCCCUCGCGGAGAUCAGCCCUGCUGCCUCCUUCCUGGAGUCCCGCAGCUGGCAGGGCCUGGAGCAGCAGCUGGGGCAGACACCCGUCUCCAAGGCUGUGCAGGGCCGACGAGGGAUCGCCAUUGCCUACGAGGACGAGGGGCGCGAGCACUCCUGAUUCGGCAGCAGCACCAGGAGGAGCAGAGGGCCUGCAGGGGCCCAGGCAGUGCCUGCCACCGGGCGUGGGACCUGUGAGGGUGUCACAAGGGUCUGGACCUGCCACCAGCUGGCCCCGCGCUGGAUGUGGCCUGCGAUGGGACAGCAGGAGUUGCAUGCCUGUUUGGGAAUGCCGGUGGCACCGCCACGGGGCUCACGGCCAGGGCAGCAGCAGGGCCAGGAGAGGUGCUUGGCCCCCAGUCCAGGGCAGCUUUGGCCCGAUGUGGAAAGGUCACAGCUUUGCACAAGCUGACAGCAGCAGGACUCGAGGCUUGUGUGGCUACUGCUGCUAACUAAAGCUGAACUGAAAAA